UUGUAGAACUUGGAAGAAUGAAUUUAUUAAAAUAUUAUAAUUGGUUCACUAAGAAGUAUGGGUAUAACGCAGGGCAGUUACGACGAAUUCUAAUAAGUGCAGCUGAAGCACUUGAACAAUUCCAUGAACAAGGCUUUGUACAUUUGGAUAUAAAAUCUGAAAAUUUUGUUAGUACUCAUGAAAGGGAUCAAAACAAUAAUUCAAUAUUCAAACUGAUUGAUUUUGGUACUUCUGAAUUUAUGGAGAAUCAUGAUUUUAAGGUCUUGUCAAAUGAGGUUUUGGGGACAGAUGUGUACAUGGCACCGGAAAUUAAUGUUGAAUCAUCUACAGUUUGGGUAAAUUUAUUUUCUAUUUGCAUAUAA